AUGAGGCACUCGUCUCACCCCACUCACGUCCUUUUCCUGGGCUUUCAGGACUUUGCUUUCUUCAUUGUCUUGCUGAUUAUUCUGCUGGCUGAGCUGAUUUUGCUCAUUCUUUUCUUCGUCUACUCUGAUAAGGUCAGUGAGAAUGCAAAGCAGGACCUGAAAGACGGUCUUGCUCUCUACAACACAGACAACAACAUUGGGCUGAGAAAUGCCUGGAAUAUCAUCCAAGCUGAGUGGAAGUGUUGUGGCGUAACUGGUUACACAGAUUGGCACGAGGCUCUGAAAGAAAAGGUGGUGCCUGACCGCUGCUGUCAAGAGCAUUAUCAGGAGUGUGGCCGCAACUCCACCAACAUGUUCUGGACACGGGGCUGCUAUGAGAAGGUUGAAGAGUGGCUUGAAGAUAAUAAGCACCUACUCGGAACCAUCGGCAUGUGUAUCUUGGUAGUUCAGCUCCUGGGAAUGGCCUUUUCCAUGACACUGUUCCAUCAGAUUCACAGAAGCGGGAAGAAGUAUGAUGCUUAACAAGGCCGUUUCUCAAGGGAGGAGCAGUGGUGCAUUAUGGGACAGACUCUGGAGGACAGCUCCUCCUCUUGUAUCUAACUUUCACCACUGGCCAAUCCCUCUUCCCAUUAAUUCCCCAGCUUAUACCUUACCAUCCUGUGGUAGACUUCAGCCAUGGUCUGUCUCUUUUCCACUCUUUCUCCCCCAUCUGCUCAUCUGCCAAAGAGACCCAGGGACAGAGAGGAACGAGAGGACCGACUCUUGGCCAGAAUCCUCCCCAUGAGGCCUCUUGACUUUCUUCAUCUCCUCUAGAACCUUUAUUUUACGCUUGAACUAACUAACAUUUGCAGGAAGGAGAAUAAUGACAAAAAACUGUGUGGCUUUACUAAUACGUAAAUCCUUCCACCCAACAUAUAGAUGAGGCGAGAAGACAUCAGACUGGAAACCUUCAGGGUGGAUGAAUUUGAAAAGCAUCGCUCAUCAUCACCUCCAUCUACAGUGUAAAUGACAAACAGCUCCAUUUUAGCAUGAUGUGGUUUUGUACGAGACAGAAAACUUGUCAUUUCGGCUCAAGACUUUUUUUUGUUUGUUUUUAUAAGUGACUUUGCCCCAACCCCAUAAUUGUCAUUUUUGUGCACCUAAGGAUUGGAAGAAACCGGUACAAAAAAUUUAGCGAGGCAUCACCAGGAAUUUGAGUUUGUCUGUGUGUGUUGGAAAUAAGCCUUUUCUUAUGUUUAAAGGUUUGUGAUUUGAGGACGCAUCGAAACGUGUCGAGAGUUUCACUCUGAUGAGAACCAUCACAAUCUAAUGUCAGUAUAAUACAUCAAACAGGGACUGUCUGAUUAGCCAGCCAUCCACGUUCAUGCAAAAACAUCCUCUUUGUUAACCACUAAAAGGUCAUUUUAACCAGACUUCUACUGAAACUCUAUGGCAUAGACAAUGAAGCAAAGUUUUUAUAGAAGAAAAAGUGUAAGGUUACAAAAGUUGGUAAACUAGACGUGUAUAAAAGGCAGAGCUUUGUGAGUUUGACCAUUUCCCCAUGUUUUGCUCAUUGAAUCCAAGUCUGUACCCAAAAAAAAAAAAGUUGAGAAAGAGCCUAAAGAUACAGAUUCCACCUAGUUCAUGUUUGCACAUUUCUUCUGGGAUAGUAAAGUUUAUGUUUUCGGAAGACUUGAAGAGUAAAAUUUAUUUACUCACCUUCAUGUCGAAUCUGUAGGACUUGCUUUCUUCCAUUGACACAAAAGAAAAUCGUUUGAAGAAUGUGGCUCUAUGCUAUACAACAAAAGCAGACUUGAUGCUUACAAACUCUAAAAAGGAGGGGGAAAAUACUGCAAUAAUAUGGCAUAUGACUUAGACUGGUGCUCUACAGUUUUUCAAGUUUUCUUCACUUCAAAACAUACUUGCUGAGGAAAUGACUCUCAUUUGUGCAUAUGCAUAUUCAAACUCGGUGUAUGUUACAUACUUGUUGAGUGUCUUACUUUUAAUAUGUAAAUGUGCUGAGCUGCAAGACGGUUUAAACGUGGUAAUUUUAUAGAACUUUAUGAUUAAUGGGCGUUCUAAUUUUGCAAAAAUGUUCUGACCUUUCUGACAAGUUCUGUGGGCACAUAUUACAUGUGGGCCAGAUAAUGACUUAAAUUGGUGGUCUGCUGUCCUUUUGUGUCCUUCGGAAGAAAAUCACAGGGAACAGAGUGACAUGAGGGGACAGAAAUUGCCUUCAACUAUUUCUUUAAAGUAUCCCUAGCACACCUCAGCUUUAUAGCCUGUGCUGUUUUUCUGUCUCUCUCGGCUCUUUUCUGUCUCCAUCUGUCUUUUAGUUUCAAGCAUCAGGCUGGAACGGUUACAUUCCUGCUGUAUGGGGUGAUAACGCUUCUGUAUCACACCCUGAAGGGACUUGCUUCAAAGCAAAUGCAUCUUGACGAGGAAGUUUUGAAGUGAGAGUGUGUUCACCAGCAGACAGUUUGUAGGGGUUUAAAAUCACUGAGCAAUAGAUGAGGCGUGAUGAUGGCUGAGAGACAACCAGAGUGGGGUCAUCUGAUGGUCUCCUAUCCAGACUGUCACUGAGACUAUGUGCCGUCCCUUAAGAGCUCGGCGUGUGCGCGUUGUUAAUGUGUGACCGAGAGGGACGUAAUAGAGCACUUGAGAUGGAGAGAGAAAUAACACCACCUCUCAUCCCAUCAAACACUCACUGACACUCAAACACUAUUUUAGAAAAAUUGCUUUAUAUUAAGAAACAGUUGGGACCAGAAGCGACAGCUACUUCUAACGUUCAUUCUGUGUUGAAAUGGAGGGGAAUGAGAGCUUCUGCUCUGGGUGAGUGUAGGAACUCUGUCACUGAGUGAACAGUGCUGCUAUAAGAGCCACCUGUGGUUAUUACGAUAGUGGAAAAAGUAAAAGACUGAGAAACUGCAGACUCAAUUCACUCACACUCUGCCUGCAAGCAUUUAAAGUCAACAUGAAGCCAAAAUUGACCCCAUUUACUUUUUUUUUUAUAUAUAUAUAAAAUAACCCCAGUUUAGGUUACUAUAUUAGGUUAUGCUGCCAUUCUUACAUUUUACCAAUAGAAAAAGCGUUCAUUUAAUGUUGGUUAACUUCUAAAUGUUACAAAUAAUAAUAGAUUUGAAAAAGGUGCAUUACUGUUGGUGUACAUUCUGUCCAAACCUACAUUUGAUUUAAUCAAUGAACAUAUUGUUUUACUCAUAAAUGUGUCACAUUAUAGAUGUAAAAUGGGUUGUCAAGGGUGUUUCACAUUGGCUUUAAGGGAUUUGUGUUAUGAGGCAUUUGUAUCAGGAGGACUGGAAUCUACAGCAUUUUUCAAUCAAUUCCGCAUGUUCACCAUCGCUAGCAAACAGAAACAAUUUUGCAUAUUAGAAAAUUUUCUUGCAUUAUUACCAUCAUAAAUGAAAAUGUUUUUCUGUGUUACGCCUGGUGGUCUGGCUUCAAACCCAUUUUUGCUUCAAGAACACCAUGGAGUUAGUCAAUACUAGCUCUGAUUAGGUUUGCACUGAUGCGCUCCAUCUGCUCAGUGUCUUUAACCCCGCCGCACUACACUUCAAUGAUGUGUCCCGACCCUCUUAUCUGACUGAUUUACAAACUUUGGCCGCAAAAUUGCAUCCUGUGAACUAAUCCCAUGUGUAAGCUUUCCAAGGUUAGGAAUUGUUUAAGAGUUUGGAAAGUUUUUUUUGGUCCUUGUUCCAAUGUUUUAAAUUUUUGAAAGAUGUCCUUAAACCCAUGUCUCACUGUUAUUCUUCUUUUUUUUUUUUUUUUAAGUAUAUACAAUACCCAUUUUUCCUUUAUAUUUUUCCACUGUUAUAGGCUACAUUGUGUAUUUAAAUCUGAAAUAGUCAGAUGUUGAGUUGUUAGUGUUGAAUGACACGGUAUCAUGUUGAACAACCAACAAGAGUUUGGCAUUAGCAAUUUUAAUUUUUACUGCUAUUCUUUUUUUAUGUUUUGCAAUGCAUUUGUUUCAGGCUUAAUGCACGUAAACAUUUCACUACGAAUCAUCUCAUAAACCGUUGCAAAUGUGUAUGACAUCUGAGGCAUAUCUGUUUAAUAUGCAACGAAGAUAUUGCUUUUUGCUAACUGUCUAAAUAUGUCUGUCAAGUAUCUAAAGGUGCAAGAGAAUCUCAGUGCUUGAUACUCCAACACAAGUGUUGUAAUGUCAUUUUUUAGUUGUUAUUUUUUGUACAAUGUUCAUUGUAUGUUGUAAUUUGUUUUGUAUCAUAUAUUUUGUCACGUAUUGAUUUUAAGGGUGUGCUAAGCAUAGAUAAGAUUUUGCAUUAUAAAACAUUUUUUCUUUCAUUUCCUAAUCUCAGAUUAGAAUUAAUUUAUGUUGGAUUUUCAUCUGUGGAUACUAUCAUGAAGCACAUGCAAAUUAAUAAUCACAUUAUAGUUUGUAGCAAUUGUAAAGUAAAAGUUCAUUAUUAAUUGGCCAAAUACUAAUGAAUUUUUCAGAAAGGUAUGGUCCCUAUAUUUCUAUCAUAUUGAAGAUGGCCCAGAAACAUUGUCUCCAGCUUGCACACCCAUGCCAUCUGAUUGUAUAUUUUGG